GAACAGACAGUUCACCAGCCAAUAGACAUCACUUCCGAUUCUGAUGACGUAGGUCGUCCUCAUCGGUUCCUGUUUGAGGUUCCUCCAUUCAAAGAGAUAACUGUCCGUAAAAAGAUAACGUUUUAGUAAUUGAUUUAGUAGGUCGCAUAUACCUUAACUGGUGACGAAAGCUUUCAUUAUAGACCGUUAUGGAGACUUCCGGAAACUCUCACAAGAAACCGAAGCUGAGCAACUCGUCCAGCGAGAAUUGGGGAACGCAGAGGGCGACUAAUGUGACCUACCAGGCUCAUCAUGUCAGCAGGAAUAAGCGUGGUCAGGUGGUGGGGACGAGAGGGGGCUUCCGUGGAUGUACUGUCUGGCUCACAGGUCUGUCUGGGGCUGGGAAGACCACGGUGAGCAUGGCCCUGGAGGAGUACCUGGUGUGCCACGGCAUCCCCUGCUACUCGCUGGAUGGAGACAACAUCCGCCAGGGCUUAAACAAGAACCUGGGCUUCAGCCCUGAGGACCGCGAGGAGAACGUCAGGCGUAUAGCCGAGGUGGCCCGCCUGUUCGCCGACGCAGGGCUCGUCUGCAUCGCCAGCUUCAUCUCUCCCUACGGACGGGAUCGUGUGAACGCCAGGAAGAUCCACGAGGCUGCAGGCUUGCCCUUCUUCGAGGUGUUUGUUGACGCGCCGCUUGACGUGUGUGAACAGCGAGACGUCAAGGGCCUCUACAAGAGAGCCAGGGCUGGAGAGAUCAGAGGUUUCACUGGGAUAGACUCGGAGUAUGAGAAACCAGAGGCCCCAGAGCUGGUGCUGAAGACUGACUCCUGCAGUGUCAACGAGUCUAUACAGCAGCUCAUUGACCUGCUACAUGAGAAGGAUAUAGUGCCGGUGGAUGCUUCCUAUGAAGUGAAGGAGCUGUACGUAGUUGAGAACAAGCUGGACCUGGCCAAGACUGAUGCUGAAACACUACCUGCUGUGCAGAUUGGAAAGGUGGACAUGCAGUGGGUUCAGGUGCUUGCUGAGGGCUGGGCCACCCCUCUGAACGGCUUCAUGAGGGAGAGGGAGUUCCUGCAGUGUCUCCACUUUGACUGUCUGCUGGACGGUGGCGUCAUCAACCUGUCUGUGCCGGUGGUGUUGCCGGUGUCGGGGGCGGACAAGGAGCGUCUGGACGGCGUCACGGCCAUGGCUCUGGUGUACGAGGGCCGCCGUGUGGCCAUCCUUCGCAACCCCGAGUUCUACGAGCACCGCAAGGAGGAGCGCUGCGCCCGCCAGUGGGGCACUACCUGCAGGGACCACCCCUACAUCAAGAUGGUAAUGGAGAGUGGAGACUGGCUGGUAGGAGGAGACCUGCAGGUCCUGGACAAGAUCAGCUGGAACGACGGCCUGGACCAGUACAGGCUCACCCCCACUGAGCUCAAACACAAGUUCAAGGAGAUGAAUGCAGACGCAGUGUUUGCCUUCCAGCUGCGUAACCCGGUGCACAACGGCCACGCCCUCCUCAUGCAGGACACCCACAAGCGUCUGAUCGAACGGGGCUACCGCCGGCCCGUCCUACUGCUGCACCCGCUGGGCGGCUGGACCAAGGACGACGACGUGCCGUUGGAGUGGCGCAUGAAGCAGCACGCUGCCGUGCUGGACGAGGGCGUGCUGAAACCCGAAAACACCAUCGUGGCCAUCUUCCCGUCGCCCAUGAUGUACGCCGGCCCCACUGAGGUGCAGUGGCACUGCCGAGCCCGAAUGGUGGCCGGCGCCAACUUCUACAUCGUGGGUCGUGACCCGGCGGGCAUGCCCCACCCAGCCACGGGCAAGGACCUGUACGAGCCAACCCAUGGGGCUAAAGUCCUCACCAUGGCGCCUGGACUCAUCACCCUGGAGAUUGUACCCUUCAAGGUGGCCGCCUACAACAAAGCCAAGAGGGCCAUGGACUUCUACGACCCCAAGAACCAUCAAGACUAUGACUUCAUCUCAGGGACACGGAUGCGUAAGAUGGCUCGCGAAGGACAGAACCCUCCGGAAGGCUUCAUGGCCCCCAAAGCCUGGGCUGUCCUGGUGGAGUACUAUCAGUCCCUGGAGAAGGCUACCUAAGGUCAAAUGUGGUCAAAGGUCAAAAUGGGGAACAUCCGGGUCGUAUUCACUAAUGAAUACGACACAGCUAUCUCCUCUAAAACAGUUAAGAUUAAUACGAGGACCACUCAACAGCUAGAUGUCCCUCUCCAACGCACACACCUCUCUAUUCUCCCCUUCUCCUGUAUUUUCUCCUCUCCUCUCUCUCGUUCUGCUGCUACUGCCACUGGGCUUCAGUCUUACCACACUGAGUAUGUACUUUAUUUCAACUCACCAUUACAAAUUGGUUUCUCUAAUUGUGCAACUAACAGUAUUUUUAAAUGUGUUUUAAACUGGGUUCAAAUGUUCAUUUUAAAAGGUGUGAAGAGGCAAAGAUUGUUGUUUUUAGAGAACGAUGGUAAAAGUUUCCUCAUGAUGUAACAAGAUGUGGUUAUUUGAGGAUGAAAACAUGAUACAUGUAGGAAGUCAAUGCCCCUCUUAGUACUGUUUCCUAGAACUCUUACCGUGUCCAUGGCUAACGUGAUCAUAUUGAUUCUUUUGAGUGUUUGGCUUUGUCCCUUUGUCCCCAUGCACACUUCAAAUAAGUGAGUGGAAAGCGUAAACUCAUUUAGUGAUCUGAAAACAAGCCAUCGCUGUGUAGCUGCAGUAUGUGGGUAACUGUCAUCUGAGGUUGUUGGCCUGACUGGAACUGUGGUUUGAAUUGGAGUUUGCGGUCAAGUUGAGUGCCUUGUCUUUGUCAAUCGUUCUCACACAGAGACAUUGCACCCACACACACACACACACACACCUGUUCAUACUCCCACUUGCCUCUGUUACAUUAAAGUGGUCCAAUAGAUCCAGGAAGUGAUCUGCAAAGCAGAUGAGAACCGAACUAAUGACUAAACCUGUAGAAAACCUUCCUGUUUUACCAUUAGCUUUAUUUCUCCAUACUGAUAAAUGAUGUUCUCUUUUCACCUUGAUGUAGCAUGUAGUGAAGUGUUUACCACCUAUGACUGUUUUAGUGAACUAUCAGUAUUUAUUUUUUUUAGUUGAUGUUUAUCACACAGGAGGUUGGUGGCAUCUUACUUGGGGAGGACAGGCUGGUGGUAGAGACUAGAGCAGGAUAGGUGGAAUGGUAUUCCAUUUGUUCUGUUCCAGCCAUUAUUAUGAGCCGUCCUCCCCUCAGCAGCCCCCUGUGGUCUGUCACUAUAUAUAUUUUAGUUUGUUUGCUUGUUUUAAUAUUCUUUGUACUGAGUUAUGAUAUUUUCCAUUUGGUUACUACUGUACAAACAUGGGUCUGCUCUGCCAGUAUGGCCGGAAGAAAAGAGAUCGGUUUAUAUAUUAUUGUCCAUGUUCUCCAAUAAAGCAUUUUUAGCAAAUGGA